ACAUGCUGUUCAAUGGCGAGGGUGAAGCAUUCAACGUUGGAGACUUCCUUCUCAGCAUUUCGCCCCACGCAUGGGCUAGCACUGGUAUCGCCCUCUGCAUCGGUCUCUCGGUCGUCGGAGCUGCCUGGGGUAUUUUCAUUACCGGUGCCUCGAUCCUCGGUGGUGGUGUCAAGGCUCCCAGAAUCCGAACAAAGAACCUGAUCUCCAUCAUUUUCUGCGAAGUCGUCGCCAUCUACGGUGUCAUCAUGUCUAUCGUCUUCUCGGCGAAGAUUUCAUCGGUUGGCUCUGAUGCAGCAAGAUCGGGCAGCAACUACUACACUGGUUUCGCUCUGUUUUGGUCUGGUCUCUUGGUCGGCGCCUGCAAUCUGGUUUGCGGUGUUUCUGUUGGUAUCAACGGUAGUAGUGCUGCUCUUGCCGAUGCUGCUGAUCCCAGCCUCUUCGUCAAGAUUCUCGUCAUUGAGAUUUUCAGUUCCGUUCUCGGACUCUUCGGUCUCAUCAUUGGUCUUUUGCUCUCCGGACCCGCUGCCGAUUUCCACUAAUCCAUCCAUGUUUUUGGAACGCGGUGUCAGAGAGAAGGCAGGGAAAGAGUGGUAAUGAAACGAAGUCUGCAACAAAAUCCAAAGAAGGGCUAUCCAGAACUUGUCUGUCAUGGAUGAACAUCGCAAUAAGGUUACGCCAGCAUUAGUAGGCGUCUGGAGCGAAGCAAAUGGGUAGCGAUGUUGUGUCUUCCUAAAGCAUCUGAAUCGUGGAACAUGAAAUAUGACCACCGUGUAUAGACCUUGUAUAGCAAAUG